AUGUCGACAGCUUCGCAUCUGUACCUUGUCACCGACAACGAUGUCAUCUACGAGCAGGACGUUCUGCGCAAUCCCGCAAACAUUCGCGCCUGGCUCGACUAUGCCUCCUUCAAGCGCCAGACUGGCUCGCUGCUCGACCACGCCUUUGUCUUGGAACGCGCCUGCAAUGCCCUCCCGCGAAGCUACAAGCUGUGGAAGUUGUAUCUGGAACUGCGUGUGAGCCAUCUGCGCAACCGCAAUCCCGCCCGCCAUGCCUCGGAGUACCGAAAGGUCAAUGCCUUGUUCGAAAGAGCCCUGGUCCUCCUCAACAAGAUGCCGCGCAUCUGGGAAAUGUACCUAUCCUUCCUCUGCAACCAACCCAGAAUCACCCAAACCCGUCGCACCUUCGAUCGCGCCCUACGAGCCCUUCCCAUUACUCAGCAUAACCGCAUAUGGGCCCUAUACCGUCCUUUCGCUACAUCUGCCUCGGGAGAAACAGCCAUCAAGGUCUGGCGCCGCUACAUGCAGAUCCACCCCGAGCACGCCGAAGACUUUAUCGACAUACUCAUCGACCAGCAACAAUACACCGAUGCCGUCGUCAAAUACAUGGACAUCCUCAACAAUCCACGCUUCCGCAGCAAAGAAGCCAAAGGCCCCUUCCAGUUCUGGACUGACAUGUUAGAGCUCAUCAUCGACCACGCUCGCCAGGUGCAGACAGGUGAGGAUACAGGCAUCGACGUGGACCGCAUAGUUCGCAGUGGAAUACAGCGCUUUCCAGACCAGAGNGGUAUCUUGUGGGUAGGCCUUGCACGGUACUGGAUCAACAAGGGUGAUUAUGAGCGCGCAAGAGACGUUUUCGAGGAGGGAAUCACUACCGUCAUGACCGUUCGUGACUUCUCCAUCGUCUUCGACACUUACGCAGAAGCAGAGGAAGCUCUGAUUGGUAUUAAAAUGGACGAGGCCCAGACUCGUUCCGAAAAGAGUACACCUGAUGAGAAUGCCGAUCUUGAACUUGAUAUUCGCAUGAUGCGCUUCGAGCAACUCAUGGACCGUCGUCCUUUCCUCUUGAACGACGUUCUACUUCGGCAGAAUCCCAACAGCGUCGCCGAAUGGGAGAAGAGGGUCGCGCUCUGGGGUGAUAACAAGCCUGAGGUUGUCAACACUUUCACCAACGCCAUUGCUGCAAUCAACCCCAAAAAAGCCAUCGGCAAAUAUCAUACUCUCUGGACAAACUACGCAAAGUUCUACGAGGAACGUGGCGAUUUACGCAAUGCCAGGGUCAUCAUGGAGAAGGCCGUCAAGGUACCUUUCAAGUCCGUCAACGAACUCGCUGAGAUGUGGGUGGAAUGGGCGGAAAUGGAGCUACGCAACGAAAACUUCGAUCGCGCCGUCGAUAUCAUGGCGAAAGCCACCCAGGCGCCCAAACGAAGCACGGUCGAUUACUUUGAUGAGACUCUCAGUCCUCAACAACGAGUACACAAGAGCUGGAAGCUGUGGUCAUUUUAUGUUGAUCUUGUCGAGUCCGUUAGUACUUUGGAUGAGACUCGCAAGAUUUACGAGCGCAUCUUCGAAUUGCGUAUCGCGACUCCCCAGACUGUUGUCAACUACGCCAAUCUACUCGAAGAGAACAAAUACUUUGAGGAGUCAUUCAAGGUGUACGAACGUGGAUUGGACCUCUUCUCAUACCCAGUGGCUUUCGAGCUCUGGAACCUCUACCUUCAGAAAGCAGUCGACCGGAAAAUCAGCAUCGAAAGGUUACGAGAUCUGUUCGAGCAGGCCGUUGAAGGAUGUCCUCCAAAGUUCGCCAAGGUAUUAUACCUUAUGUACGGUCAGCUAGAGGAAGAACGUGGACUGGCCCGUCACGCUAUGCGUAUAUACGAGCGUGCGACACGUGCUGUAUCGGACGAUGAUCGCCUGGACAUGUUCAACUUCUACAUUACCAAAUCGGCCUCGAACUUUGGCCUGACCUCAACUCGCUCAAUUUACGAGCGAGCUAUUGCUGCGUUGCCAGAUAGCGAAGCAAAGGACAUGUGUCUCAAGUUCGCCGAGAUGGAAAGACGGUUGGGAGAGAUCGAUCGUGCCAGAGCCAUCUAUGGGCAUGCCAGUCAGUUCUGUGAUCCCAGAAGGGAGCCUGGCUUCUGGCAGAAAUGGGAGAGCUUUGAGGUGCAGCACGGAAACGAAGACACCUUCAAGGACAUGCUUCGUAUCAAGCGUAGCGUCCAAGCACAGUACAACUUCAUCGCCUCCCAGGCUAUCGCACGCAGUCAACAAGCUCCGAUUGAAGAUGGAGCUCUCGAUGACACCACACAGAAAACAGAUGCUAUGGCGGCCUUGGAGCGCCAGGCCCGCGCGCCCACGGGCUUUGUUGCUGCUAGCAGUGGACCGGAAGGCGGCAACAGACCUGCUGCAGCCGUGCAACCAGCAGCCAAUCCGGAUGCCAUCGACGUCGACGAUGACAUAUGA